AUGGCAGCUGAAGUUCAGCCAGUAGCGCAGGUCACAUUUCCAGCAAAACCUUCCUCACGCAGUCCUGAGCAGACAUACUGGCGCACCUUCAGAUCCCCACUCAAUUUGAUAUCGCCCACCUCACAUGCGGUAACGCAUAUUGCACAGCCUACUCCUCAUCCCAACCCCCUUCAGGCAUCACCAGACACUUUUGCUGUUACGACCGGGGCACGACUGCAGAUUUAUUCCCAUCGCACGCGAAAACUGCUCAAGACCAUAACUCGCUUCGACGACACUGCCCAUAGUGGGGAGAUCAGAUACGAUGGACGAGUUGUUGUGGCAGGAGAUGAGACAGGGGCGAUACAGAUCUUCGAUGUAAACAGCCGUGCAAUCUUGAAGACUUGGAAAGAGCAUAAACAACCGGUCUGGAGCACGAAAUGGCAUCCCCGAGAUACCACAACCUUGAUGAGUGCUUCUGACGAUAAAACUGUACGACUGUGGGACCUACCCAGCUCCGAGAGUGCCACCACAUUCCUCGGCCAUCAAGACUACGUAAGAAGUGGUGCCUUCAUGCCAGAAAAUGGCAGCAACCUUCUUGUUUCAGGCAGUUAUGACCAGACGGUCAGAUUAUGGGAUCCAAGAGCAAGCGAGAGAGCUGUCAUGACGUUUAAGCAUACCGGCGCCGUUGAGACAGUCCUUCCAAUGCCUUCCGGUACUACUAUCCUCGCAGCAGCAGAGAAUCACAUUACAGUACUCGACAUUAUCGCUAUGAAGCCGCUUCACGUCAUCAAAAACCACCAGAAAACAGUUACAGCACUUUCCCACGCGUCCAAUGGCUCGCGCAUUGUCUCUGGUGGUCUGGACGGCCACAUGAAGAUAUUCGAAACCACUGGCUGGAACGUCGUAGCUGGCUCCAAAUAUCCCUCUCCUAUCCUCUCCUUGGCCAUCAUCAAUUCCGGCCCGGCGCAAGAAGACAAACAUAUAGCGGUCGGCAUGGCAUCUGGUCUCCUCUCCAUCAAAACCCGUCUAUCAGGCGAGCAGAAAGUCAAAGAGCGCGAACGCCGAAAAGAAAUGGAGGCCCUCCUCGCCGGCACAAUCGAGGAGCACGACCGCAAAAUCGCCAAGAAGCGCCCUCGCGGCUGGGAGAAACGCUUUCGAGGCCGAGACUUUACAGGUGAAGGCGCUGACAUCAUCAUCGAAGGCAAUGAUCGCAGUAAGAGGAAGAAACCGAAAGAGUGGGAGCACCUCCUGCAUAAAGGCCGGUACCGCGAAGCCCUCGAUCAAGCACUCGAUGGCGGCAACACCAUGACCAUAAUCAACCUCCUAACUACGCUCCGGUACCGCUCUGCUCUCCGCGCCGCUCUCGAGAAGCGCGACGAAAAUACCCUCCAGCCCAUCAUGCGCUGGCUCUACAAGAAUAUCAGCCAGACAUCUUUCGUGCCAAUAUGUGUCGAGGUGGCGAUGAAUAUCAUGGAUCUGUACUCCAGGCAUCUAGACCAGAGUGUCAUUCUAGAGGCUCGAGUGGAGAAGUUGCAUAAGCGAGUGAGGGAGGAAGUGGAGAAGGCGCAGCAGGCUUGCAUGGCGAUGGGGAUGCUCAGUUUAGUUGCCCCGGAUGCGGCGGGCUGA